AUGGACGGUUUCAGAAUUUUGGAUGAAGAAAUUGGUUCCACGCCCUUUCAACAUAUAGCAAAUCUGGCAUGGAGGAAUAUUCAACAAUGGGUAGACAUGGUACUCUGCGACCAUGGCUAUAUGCAUUGUGUUUCUGAUGACGUUCUUCCCGAUUUUCGAUAUUCCGCAUCUCUGGCCAAUCAUGCUAUUCUACUGGAUCCUUCUCACUUGCCUCGUGGCUUUCUCCAUCAUAACUCCUCUCUCAGAUAUAGUAACAUCCUUCCUCGUGACAAUGCUAUCAAAUCUGACUAA